AUGGUGCAGCCGUGGCCGGGGAAGCGGGACCCCUGUCUGUCCCCGUCCACCUUGGCUUUGGGAAAGCUUCUGCACCCCGAGGGAGGGGAGAGCCCCCCGAUACGCCCCGAGGAGCCGGGGCAGGAGCACGGCCGGGGGUUGACACCUCCGAGGGCUUCUGCUGUCCUGCCCACGCGCUUCUGCACCCGUUCUGCACCCCGAGGGAGGGGAGAGCCCCCCGAUACGCCCCGAGGAGCCGGGGCAGGAGCACGGCCGGGUGUUGACACCUCCGAGGGCUUCUGCUGUCCUGCCACCCUGCUUCUGCCCCAAAAAAGACGAAGGCAAUUUAUUUUUUCUUUUAACAGCUGCCCCUUCCUUGCCCGUCACUUGACCCUGGCCAUCCCCGUCAUUGCGGCCAUCCUCUUCUUCUUCGUCAUCAGCUGCCUGCUCCAGACAAGCUUCAGAGACCCCGGUAUCCUGCCCAGAGCCACCCCGAGUGAGGCCGCAGACCUGGAGAAGCGCAUCGACAGCAUGGGUACCUCCACCUACCGCCCGCCGGCCCGUACGAUGGAAGUGGUCAUAAACAAGUACGUGGUGAAGCUCAAGUACUGCUACACCUGCAAGAUGUUCCGCCCUCCGCGCACCUCGCACUGCAGCGUCUGCGACAACUGCGUCGAGAGGUUUGAUCACCACUGCCCCUGGGUGGGCAACUGCGUGGGGAAGCGCAACUAUCGCUACUUCUAUGCCUUCAUCCUGUCCCUCUCCUUCCUGACAGCCUUCAUCUUCGCUUGCGUCGUCACCCACCUCACUCUGCGCUCUCAGAGAGACGGAUUCCUCGCCACUCUGAAAACGACGCCUGCGAGUGUGCUGGAGCUGGUGAUUUGUUUUUUCUCGGUCUGGUCCAUUUUGGGCCUCUCAGGUUUUCACACUUACUUGGUCGCCUCCAACCUGACAACGAACGAAGACAUCAAAGGCUCCUGGUCAAGCAAGAGGGGCUCGGAGUUUGCCAAUCCCUACAGCCAUAAAAGCAUCCUCACCAACUGCUGCGCGGUGCUGUGCGGGCCCUUCUACCCCAGUUUGAUAGACAGAAGAGGGUUUAUCCAGCCAGAUGUCGGGACGCCAUCCAGUCCGAAGAGCGAAAUCCCUUCCUUUGGAGCCAAAACUGACACCAGCAUGGUAGGAGGCAUUCCCUAGCAGAGCUGUGACGUAGCCCAGCGCCUGCACCUCGCUCCAGCCCGUACCGUCCCCUCUUGCCACCUCCCUGGCCUCAGGCGGGACAGCCCUGUGAUGCAGAGCUGCCAGAGACUCAGUCGAGCCAUACGUUGCCUUUUUUUUUUUUUUCUAA